AUUUGAUUGUUUUUGUUGUUUUUUAUCUUCAAAUGUUCAUUUCAUCUUUAAUUGUGUGUGUUUUUCAUAAACAGACUUAAGCGUCGACGUUUGCAACAUUUUUCUGAAAAUAAAAUUGAGCUUUUUCCAAACGUUUGGUUUGUAAAUAAUGAUUUUCCAUCUGAAUUCAUGUUGACUGUGGUGUGGGCGCCCCCUGCUGCUGGCACUCGGUGAAAACAUGAUCGACGACAUCUGCGUCACAUGAUCACGUCUUUAUCUCUCACACAGAAAACCAGUGAUUUUGGCUGCACGGACACAGGAGUCUCGUGUGGUCACUUCGUGUCUCUGUCUGUCUGUGUGUGUCUCUCUGUCUCUGUCUCUGUUGUUAAAAAUGCUGAGUCAUGCUCACGUCAGUCAGACAUUGAAAAUCAUCGGUUUGUUAAGAAACACACGUGCAGUCACGUGACUGAAGCCCGUGCUGACGUGUCGCCACCUGGUGUCUAGGGUGAGAACAACAGACAAAUCUUUCUCUUGUUCUCACAUGAAAUGAUGGAUCACGUGACCACGUCACGACGUGCUGUUGCUAUGGAGACGGAACACCGACACAAACAGUGUGUGUUCACCAGAAGCGUCCGCGGUCCCAGGAGUGUUUUCUUCUUCUUCUUCUCUCACAGUGACAAAGAUGCCAAGGAAGGUGAAGAGAGGAGGAGUAGGAGGAGGAGGAGCAGGGGGAGGAGGAGGACUUAAGACGGAGGAGGAGAAACUUGUGUUCCUGCAGCAGAAAGUUCAGGCCGAGGAGGAAAUGGUCAAGAAGAAAGAGGAAAUACUCACUCUAUUCCUGAAGGAUAAGCUACAGAAGGAGCAGAGGAACAGCGGCGUGAACCUGCUGAAGCUGGACGAAGGCUGGCGGUCGAUUCUGCGCCAAACUCGGGCGGCUGAACUUCGUAAAGACGUGGACGUCCUCAGACAGACGUUUGACAGACAGCUGGACGGACUCGAUGAUGUCAUCAAGAGUCUGGGGCGGGACCUGCAGGAGGCGGAGCUUCAGUCAGCUCAGGUGAGGCGGCUUCACCUGCAGCAUGUGGAGCGUGUGAGGACGGUGCAGGACAGACAUGUGACGGAGCUGCAGCAGCAGUGGGACAACAACCUGCAACACCUGAGCUCCACCUUCAACAAGGACAGGCAGCAGAUGCUGAGUCACUGUGAGCGACAGCGAGCUCAGCUGGACGACGCAGAGUUCACUCUGGAGCAGCAACACAAGAAACUGAUGAAUGACAUCAUCAGAGUUUACAGUGACAGCAUGGCGGCGUAUGAGAGCGCCCACCACGACCAGAUGGCAGCUCUGGUUCUGGAGGGAAAGUCCAUUCAGACGGAGAAAACCCAGAAGAACCAGCAGGUUCUGGUUCUUCUCUGUGAAGAAACUAAACUACUGGACCAAACGAUCGCGGACAAGCUACGACUUCUGCAGAAAACAGAGCAACAGAAGAAGAAAGUGAUGAAAAAAGUGCAGCAGCUGAAGGAAACGUCCAGCGAGACAGAACGAGACGAGACGGACGUCGUGGACGACGUGAAGCAGAAAACGCGAGAACUUGGCGGUCAGCUGACCCGCGGUCGCUCCGUGGCAAAGAAGCGACUCGUGGAUCUCAGCGUGCAGAGCGACGCUGCCACCAAGAGGCUGCAGACGGCGGUCGUCAAGGGCCAGAGAGUUUUACGUGUCGCUGAAAUGUGUCGGAAGCUGGAGAACGCCAUCACGCCAUGGUCCAAUCACAGCGCAGAGACAGAGGAGGAGGGAGGAGCUAAGGACACGUUUCCAGAGUUGCGGCGGGCGACGCGUCACGUGACCGCGGCUCUGCUGCAGCGAGACGCGGCGAGGACAGAGAGAGAGCGUCUCCGCAGGGACAACGUCCAGCUGAGGACUCUGCUGCGUCAGCACCUGGACGCCAUGACGCUCAGCGACCACGCCGCCCUCACAGUAAACCACGCCCCCACCACCACCACGAUGGCCCCGCUGGACAAGGACAGACGUCCCACUGUGGUGGAGGCGGGACACGUCGUCAGGGAGACGCUGUGACGGACAUCAGCAGCAGGGGGCGCUCACAGCACAGUCAGUGAUUAUUCAUUUCAUAAAGUUCACAAUUUCUCUUUCAACUUCACCUACUAUUAUUUGGGCUAUGAAUGAAUGAAUGAAUAAAUGAAGCAUGUGUUGUUGUACCUGUGUUGACCUGUAGGUGGCAGCACAGCAGCCGUUUCUGUGGAAUAAGUCAGUCUGAAAGUAAAUGUUCUUGUAUGAAAUAACAAGUCGAAAAAGUCUUUAAUAUAUAUAUAAAAUAUAUAUAUAUAUAAAAAUAUAAAAAGUAUGAAUAAUAUCAUUUGUUAUGUCACAUGUUCUUUACGAUGAAGUAUAUAGUGAUUUAAUAACUCAUUAACUAUUCAAUGCUUUGAUUUGAAUCAUUCAAACCAGUUUCUGGGAUUUUUCAGCUUCUUAAAUGUGAAUAUUUUCUAGUUUCUUUGCUCAUAAAACAAAGAAAUGAACAGAUGAACGGAUGAAUGUGUUAAUAACUGUCACAAACUUCAAAGCCACUGUGAAGUGUGUUUGUUUUAAAUGAAACGAGUGAACAAUAAAAACGUAAAAGAACGAAA